AUGUCUGCACCUGAAGCCAGCCAUCACUUCUCAUUCCCCAAGGAGGAGGAGAAGGUCCUCGCGUUCUGGCGCGAAAUCGACGCAUUCAAGACAUCAGUGAAGCUGUCGGAGGGCCGCAAGCCAUUCUCCUUCUACGACGGACCGCCGUUCGCCACGGGUCUGCCUCACUACGGGCACCUCCUGGCCGGUACCAUCAAGGAUAUUGUGACGCGGUUCGCCCACAACACCGGGCACUACGUCGAGCGGCGGGCCGGCUGGGACGUGCACGGUGUGCCGGUUGAGCACGAGGUUGACAAGCAGCUGGGCAUCACCGGCAAGGAUGACGUGGCCAACAUGGGCAUUGCAGCCUACAACGACGCGUGCCGUGCCAUUGUCAUGCGGUACUCUACCGAAUGGCAGGAGACGGUCGAGCGCCUGGGCCGCUGGAUCGACUUUGACAACGACUACAAGACGCUGGACACGACGUUUAUGGAGUCCGAGUGGUGGGUGUUCAAGCAGCUGUUCGACAAGGGCCUGGUGUACCGCGGCCUGCGUGUCAUGCCGUUCUCGACGGGUCUGGGCACCCCGCUGUCCAACUUUGAGGCCUCGCAGAACUACAAGGACGUCAGCGAUCCGACUGUAGUGGUUGCGUUCCCGCUCAAGAGCGACCCCGAGGUCAGCCUGCUGGCAUGGACCACCACGCCGUGGACGCUGCCCAGCAACUGCGCGCUGUGUAUCAACCCCAAGUUCGAGUACGUGAAGAUCCGCGAUGGCGAGACUGGCCACGUCUACAUCCUGCUCGAGUCCUGCCUCGGCAUCCUGUACAAGAACGUCAAGAAGGCCAAGUUCGAGGUGCUGGCCAAGAUCCCCGCUGCCGACCUGGUGGGGCUCGAGUACGAGCCCGUCUUCAGCUACUAUGUCGAGAAGCUCCAGGACUCGGCGUGGCGUGUGGUCUCUGAUGACUAUGUCAGCGACAGUGAUGGUACCGGUAUUGUGCACAACGCGCCGGCCUUUGGUGAGGACGAUUACCGCGUCUGCAUGGCACAGAAGAUUGUGACGCCCGGCGGCUUUGUGCCCAUGCCCGUCAAGGACGACGGCUCGUUUGACGACUCGGUGUCCGACUUUGCAGGCAUGUAUGUCAAGGACGCUGACAAGGAGAUCAUCAAGAACAUCAAGGCGCGCGGCCGCCUGGUGCGCCAGGGCACUAUGGUGCACAGCUACCCGUUCUGCUGGCGCUCGGACACGCCGCUGCUGUACCGCGCUAUUCCCUCGUGGUUCAUCCGCGUCGCCGAUGCCACCGAGCGCCUGCUGGCCAACAACGCGCAGUCGCGCUGGGUGCCCGAGUUUGUGCAGGAGAACCGCUUCGGCAACUGGCUGGCCAACGCACGCGACUGGAACGUCUCGCGCAACCGCUACUGGGGCACGCCCAUGCCGCUGUGGGUCAGCGACGACUUUGAGGAGGUCGUCUGUGUUGGCUCGGUGGCCGAGCUCGAGGAGCUGACUGGAGCCACGGGCGUCACCGACCUGCACCGCGACAAGAUCGACCACCUGACGAUUCCGUCGCGCCAGGGCAAGGGCACGCUGCGCCGCAUUGAGGAACUGUUUGACUGCUGGUUCGAGUCCGGCAGCAUGCCGUACGCACAGAAGCACUAUCCGUUUGAGAACCAAGAGUCCUUCCACGCAACCUUCCCUGCCGACUUCAUCUCCGAGGGUAUCGACCAGACCCGCGGCUGGUUCUACACGCUGCUGGUGCUGUCGACGUUGCUGUUCGACAAGCCUGCGUGGAAGAACCUGAUUGCCAGCGGCCUGGUUCUGGCUGCCGACGGCAAGAAGAUGAGCAAGCGCCUGAAGAACUACCCGGAUCCGAUGCAUGUGCUCAAGAACUACGGAGCCGAUCCGCUGCGCCUGUACCUGAUCAACUCGCCGGUGGUGCGCGCCGAGACACUCAAGUUCAAGGAGGAGGGCGUCAAGGAGAUUGUGUCGCGCGUGCUCCUGCCGUGGUACAACUCGUUCAAGUUCUUUACCACGCAGGUGCUGGUGCUGAAGAAGGACUCGGACAUCAACUUUGUCUUUGACCCGGCCAGCCGGAGCGAGAACACCAUGGACCGCUGGAUGCUGGCGUCGGUGCAGACGCUGAUCAAGUUUGUCCGUGAGGAGAUGGGUGCCUACCGCCUGUACACUGUGGUGCCGCGUCUGCUGGAGAUGAUCGACCAGCUCACCAACUGGUACAUCCGCUUCAACCGCAAGCGCUUGAAGGGCGAGAACGGCGCCGACGACGCCGUCCAUGCGCUCAACACGCUGUUCGAGGUGCUCUUCACCAUACCCUCAAGGACUUUUUGCCCUGCAGACUACUUCAACGGCGAGGAUGCCCGCUCGCUGCACUUUGUGUCGUUCCCCGAGGUGCGCGAGGAGUACUUUGACACUGCCAUCGAGCGCGCCAUGUCGCGCAUGCAGGCCGUCAUUGAGCUCGGCCGCGUCGUGCGCGAGCGCAACACUAUCUCGCUCAAGACCCCGCUGCGCGAGCUGGUCGUCAUCCACCCCGACCAGCAGUACCUCGACGACAUCAAGCAGCUCUCCAACUACAUCACCGAGGAGCUCAACCUGCGGAGCCUCGUGCUGACUGCCGACGAGGACGCCUACGGUAUCAAGUACCGCGCCGAGGCCGACUUCAAGAAGCUCGGCACCAAGCUGCGCAAGGACAUGCCGCGCGUCAAGAAGGCCCUGCCCGACGUGCCCUCGGCCGAGAUCAAGGCCGCCCAGGACUCGGGUGUGCUCGUCGUCGACGGCAUCACCCUGGGCGCUGACGACAUCAACAUCGUCCGCUACUUUGACGCCCUGUCGCUCAACGACGACGUCAAGAAGCAGUACCAGGAGGGAACCGACAAGGACGUUGUUGUGCUGCUCGAGACCGAGCUCCACGACGACCUGCUGCUGGAGGGCCAGGCCCGCGAGGUCAUCAACCGUGUCCAGCGCAUGCGCAAGAAGGCCGGUCUGCAGGCUGUUGACGAUGUUGUUUACUACUACGAAAUCACCAGCGACCCCGAGGGCAGCCUUGCCAAGGUGUUCGAGACCCAGGCCGAGUUCCUGCGCCGCAACCUGAAGCAGGAGCUGAACCUGAUGAAGGACAAGGCCGGAGUGGCCUUUGCUGAGGAGGAGCAGGAGGUUAGCGAGUCCAAAUUUGUGCUGGCUUUUACCUACGGGCCAGUCGCUGCUUUCAAGGACUCCUGGAUCUCAGUCGCCCCUAUUGAGUCUGCCAAAACCCACGGCUCCGAGCCUGUGUUGAAGGCAAGCACCGAAAACUGCGAACUGACGCUGCCGCCAUUCAACACUCCUGUCCCGCCCCUGAACAUCACGCUCCAGGUCGCUGUCGCCAAUACCUGGGACGAAGCCACGGUCAAUGGCGACAACAGGCCAGGACUCUUGGGCGAUGAGUUCACGUUCUACGGAACCGGGUUCUCGCUUUUUGUGGGCAGUCCCAAGGCGCCGUACGAGUUCAAAGUCGCGCGAGACCUGGCAUGGGGCAACGCUCGUCGCGACUGUCAAUAG